AUGCCUCUGAAGACUCUUUUCACUACCCGUCUCCUCCUGGCGAUUACUUCUUCAAAAAUUCUACUACGGGCCCUGAGGACGGAGAGGAGAGGACUGCAAACCCUCUGCCGGCCAACUCGAUCUCUUGAGAGAAGAAGUGUUAUGAAUUCUCCUGAUCCCCUCCCUCAAGAAGACAAGGUUCGGAACAAGGGCUGGCCAGGAGCACGCCCCGGGAGACGGCGGGCGCCUCCCCGCGGCCUCGGCGCACGUGCCUGGGCUAGGGCCAGAGCUAGUGGCCGCGCCGUAGUAGCUGGGCGGGUGGGAGCGGCUGGCUCCGGGCCGCGGCCGCCGCCCGCCCGCCGGCUCCGGUGGUUGGGCGGAGGAAGCGCGGGACUCCUCCUCCCCACCGUAUUAACAUGCACCCAGGGGCGGGUGACCAGCCCAGCCUCGCCGCCCCAGCCCGCAGCGUCCCGGCGCUCAGCCUCCGCGCCAGAGGCGAGCGCUGCGCUCCCGGCGCCGCAAUCCCGAGGACACGGCCUCGCCGACACCUCCAGCUCCGGGGACUCGGCAGCAUCAGCGGCGGGAGCGGCCGCAGCCGCCUCGGCUUCUCUCUUGAGUCCUUCCCAUCACCUCGCUGAGAGCCUGUCCCGCCGCAGGGACACCUCUUUCGUCCUCCCUCCGAGGCUCGUGGUACAGACAGACGGACGCAGGCACAGAGGGCCGGACUGCGGGCAGCGGCAAGCACACAGUGAACGGUGCUCUCGAGCGCCACCUUCUCUGAUUACUACUCACACCUUUUCCUGGGAUACUUUCUUGAAAGGAUCAGCGAACAUCCAAUUUACUCAUAUAUCAUCCCAGAUUAAUGGAGUUGUUGCAGAGCAGAUUACGUUUGUCUCACUAAGACUGGAACAGUUGAGCAUCACAUACCAAGAGUGACAUCGGGUUAAAUAAACUGCAAAGUUUGAAUCUUUUCCUGCC